AUGCAACUCAUCGCACGCACCAUCUGCGCUGCGCUUCGCCCUCUCGAGUCCAUCGUCGUCGUCAUCACCAGCAGCAGCACCACCACCACCAGCACCAGCGAGUUAGCGAUGGGGAAGAGGAAGUCGAGGACCUCCAAGCUGACGGCGAAGCCCAAGAAGCAGCUGGAGACCGACUUCACCUGCCCCUUCUGCAGCCACCCGGGCAGCGUCCAGUGCAACAUCUUUCUCAAGGAACGCCGGCCGUUCGCCGUGGCGUCGUGCAACAUAUGCACGGAGUCCUACGCCACCAAGGCUCACGCGCUGACGGAGCCCAUCGAUGUCUACAGCGAGUGGAUCGACUCAUGCAGGGAAGCCAACAAGGGCGUCGUCGCCCCCCGGCCGGACCUCGACGGCGAAGCCAAGAGGAGGAAGACCCAAGACGGGCAGACCGAGCGUGUCUCCCUUUGA